AUGCUUACGUUGUUUCUUCUUUUAUUUCGAUAUGCCUCAGCUGAGAAAGCACAUUAUGGAAUGACUCCGAAGGGAAACAAUCCCACAUUAUACUCACCUGAAGACUAUGUUAUUCAAUUAGACAUGUCCACUUUCAACGAUACUGUCUUCUGUCAAGGAGACGAUUGUACUGCUCACCUUGUUGAGUUUUACUCCGAUUGGUGUGGGCAUUGUCGUUCCUUCGCGCCCAUUUACAAGGCUCUGGCUAACGAUGUACGGGGAUGGCAAAACGUUGUCCGAAUCGCAGCCAUGAAUUGUGCUGAUCCUCUCAAUGAAGCUGUCUGUAGAGAUAAUGACGUUCAAUAUUUCCCUUACAUUAAGUAUUAUCCAAGAAAUGUAACGGAACCUUUAUCAGGUCCUGCCUUGAAGACUCAUCAGUCAAUCGCAGAAAUGCGAGACGAUCUGACAAAGUUUGUCAUGUACGACUAUGCCUUGAAUCAUUUCGAAGAUUGGCCCACGUUUGACUUCUUGGGAGAUAUCUUAACUUAUGGUGAUCUCUGGCAGGGACGAACAGACUCUGCUCAAUUCAUGGCCAUUGUCUUUGAGAAUCAUCAGUCCAGUUUAACAGGAGCUCAACUUCUCUUGGACUUGAAUAAACAUAAAGACAGACUUGCUGCAAGACGAUGUUUGAGAUACCAUGCUUUGGCAGAAGCGCUGAGAAUAACAGAUUUCCCCUCUCUGGCAAUUUUUAAGAAAGGAGAACGUAAACCUGUUCUAGUCGUCGAGCUUAGGCGUCUACUUUUAACUGAAAUAGAAAACUUCCUGUCUGUAUCUGAUAACGAUCUGCAAAACAUCCAAUUCAGCAGCCGUAAGAACCGAACAGAUCCUUGUGAAGCUGAUCCAGACAAGUGUCAGAAACUGUUCUAUGUCUCUGAGACAGACAUUUUGAAAGCGAUGAGAUAUGCGAUGUAUCGAGAAACGGCGAGAACUGGAGCUCCCUUAGCAGGAAAUAACCUGACAGCCUUGCAUUCCUUUAUGAACUUAUUAGUUGACAAUUUGCCAGUAACUUCUUUUAGUACUAAUCAGACUCAUUUGGAUAGAACUAACAGAGCAGUUCGCGUAUUCGCGCGAUUGCGAGAUUUUCUUGAGUCCAAAGGACUUGAAAGUGAAAUUCCUAUUGAAGACUAUCAAAGAGAGUUCAUAGCAGCUGAGGAAGCUGCUGGACAUCCCUUCCCAAUUUCCUCUGACUGGGAUCACUGUCGAGGAUCAACUCCUCAGUUCCGUGGAUACACAUGCGGACUGUGGACAACAUUCCACACUCUGACCGUGACAGCUUAUAAUAAAGCUAAAGAAUCUCAAGUCGUUGAUUUCCAACCGCUGCCAAUAUUGCAAUCUAUCCGAGAUUGGGUAGGUAACUUCUUUGGAUGUAAUCAUUGUAGAGAUCAUUUCUUAAAAAUGACCACAAGCACAUUCCCAAUGGAAACUCAAGUUAAAACGCCCGAAGAUGUGUUCAUGUAUCUUUGGAGAGCUCAUAAUAUAGUCAACACUCGUCUUCGUGGACGCGAGUCAGAAGACCCUAUGUAUCCCAAAUACCAAUUCCCUGCACCAUUCUUAUGUUCCAAUUGCUCAACGGAAGCGAACUCAGAUGAUUCCCUAGUGAAAGAGUUUUUACUUGAUUACUAUUCAAGCAUCAAACCUGUGUCGUCUUCUCUCUCUUCAGCUCUCCGUUUGAGCGUUUAA